UUAGAUCUUAUGUGCCCCGGCUGUAGACAUCUUUGACCCCAACUCCCUGAAUAGAUUGUUUUAUUGCUUCCAGGUAAUAUAAGGUGGUGGCUUCUCGAUGAGAUGUUUGCUGUUGCUUCCUUCAUCUUGUCUUUGAUGACUUGUCAGCCUGGGGGAGCCAUAGAGGAGAAGGUGAACUGGAGAACAAGUCGGGCUGCUGAGAGUUUCACCUCCACAGCACUUACCUGCCAGCUGAGCAACUGGUCCGAGUGGACAGAUUGCUUUCCAUGCCAGGACAAAAAGUACCGAUACCGGAGCCUCCUGCAGCCAAACAAGUUUGGGGGAACCAUCUGCAGUGGUGAUAUCUGGGAUGAAGUCAGUUGCCACAGUCCCUCAGCUUGUGCAAAGCAAGCACAGUGUGGACAGGAUUUCCAGUGUAAGGAGACAGGUCGUUGCCUGAAACGCCACCUCUUGUGUAAUGGAGACAACGACUGUCUUGACGGCUCCGAUGAGGAAGACUGUGAAGACGUCAGGGCCGUGGACGACGCCUGCAGCCAGUACGACGCAAUUCCAGGAUCAGAGAGGGCAGCCGCGGGGUAUAACAUCCUGACCCAGAAAGAAACUCAGAGUGUGUACGAUGCAAGGUAUUACGGGGGCCAGUGUGAGACAGUAUACAAUGGGGAAUGGAGGGAACUACGUUAUGACCCCGCCUGUGAGCGUCUCUACUAUGGAGAGGAUGAGAAGUACUUCCGGAAGCCUUACAACAUCCUGUCGUACCACUUUGAAGCCCGGGCAGAUACUAGUCUCUCCUCAGAGUUGUAUUAUGAUGCAAACGAACUUCUUUCUAAACUAAAAGAUGACCUGUCUGUGUCAGGUGGGGUGACCGUUGGUGUAGGCCCUGCAGGCAGCCCUGUAACAGUGGAUGUGGGUGUAUCUGGGUCGUACGCCUCUUCGAUCUUGAAAGAGUUAAGCAAGUAUAAAGACAAGAAAUAUCACUUCAUGAGAAUUUUCACAAAGGUGCAGACGGCUCAUUUUAGGAUGAGGAGGGACAAUAUUAUGCUGGAUGAAGGAAUGCUGCAGUCCUUAAUGGAGCUUCCGGAGCAGUACAAUUACGGCAUGUACGCCAAGUUCAUCAAUGACUAUGGCACCCAUUACAUAACGUCUGGAUCCAUGGGUGGCAUUUAUGAGUACAUCCUGGUGCUUGACACAGAAAAAAUGCAAUCACUGAGUAUCACCAGUAAAGACAUCGGGACAUGCUUUGGAGGGUUUGUGGGCCUUGGUUAUGACUACUCGGAUACUGUAAAUAUUGGAGGAAGUUUAUCAGGAGAGCACUGUAGAAAACAUGGAGGUGGCGAAAGAGAUUUUGACCAUAAGGCCAUGGCUGUGGAAGACAUCAUUUCUCGGGUGCGAGGUGGCAGUUCUGGCUGGGGUGGUGGCUUGGCACACGACAAGAGCGUCAUCACAUAUCGUUUCUGGGGGAGAUCAUUAAAGUACAAUCCCGCUGUUAUUGAUUUGGAGAUGCAGCCUAUCCACGAGAUGCUGCGGCACACCAACUUAGGGCCCCUGGAGGCCAAACGCCUGAACCUGCGCCGGGCCUUGGAUCAGUACCUGAUGGAAUUCAGUGCCUGCCGCUGCGGACCCUGCUUCCACAACGGGGUGCCCAUUCUUGAGGGCACCAGCUGCAAGUGUCAGUGUCCCAUGGGUCUCCAGGGUUUUGCCUGUGAGAGAACAGAGAAAAAGGGAGCCAAGGCAGAUGGUAGCUGGAGCUGCUGGAGCCCCUGGUCUGCUUGCACAGGGGGCACUCAGGAAAGGAGGAGAGAGUGCAAUAAUCCUCCACCCGAGAAUGGAGGCGCCUCGUGCUCAGGGCGGACAGUGCAGACCCAGUCUUGCUGAGGGCCUCUGGGCACAGGCAGCGACGUCUCUCCCGGCACGGACCACUGGAUGAAGACUUCUUGCAGCUGAGAAAAAGUGCCAAUCGACAUGGACUUUUUCUUUGUCCUGACUUCUCCCAAUCCUAAGACUAGGCUAUGUCAUCUACAACCAACUGUUCUCGUACCCACAAAACUCUGUCAUUCAACAACUGGGUGUUGAGUGUUAACUAGAAUCUCGGUCCUGCUCACAGCACUUUGGAUCACCCAACAACAACAACAAAAAAGGAGAAAUCUCAAUCCAUGUCUUAGAGGAACUUAUAGGAUAUUAACAGCUAGAGGUACAAGGCAGCCUCUUGAAACAAUCAAUGGCCAAUACGACAAAGAAUGACGAAAAUUAUCUCACUUCUUUGAUAAUUAUAUUUGUUCAUUUAUAGAAUGAUUAUUAGUUGAUAGGAUAAGCAGACACACUGAAAUAAUGAGAAAAAAAUUAAAGAUUAACUUGAGUUCCUUCAA